UCUCGAAUUCUUCGCACAGGUAAAACAGGAGAUUGUCUCGCGGUCUGUUGAUUUUCAAACAGUUGUAUGGACCAAGCCUUUGGAAAGUGCGCAAAAUGAGGCAUCAACUGGCGUACACAAUAGUGUGCCUAACCUUGUGGAUCUCUUCGUGCGCCGGAAGCGACGAAAGUACGCUGCACGACGAUCAAGGCCUUCUGAUUCCGUUAGCAAAAUGCUGCGAUGUCGGUGAAUUCUACAAUGCCGGAUUUGACAAUUGCGUGGAAUGGGACACUCUCGAUAUAGAAGUUCCUGGAACCUAUUUCGACUCCAAUGGAACCGGCCAUGCUGCGGCCCCUAGUGCCUUUCUGUUGUCUUUGACUAAUUUAACUAUUUGCCCAAAUGGUCAUGUUGUCAAGACGUCAACAGAUUUCCAAAUAUUUCAAGAUGGAUCUUUGAAAACAGCCGACGGAAUUUGGAGAGAACCUGGAGAGUUUUGUGUCAACAGAAUCGUCAGCCAAUCGGAUUUGAGGACACCAUUAGCAAUAUUUGCUUCCAGACUUUGCAUCGUCGAUCCGUGUGCCAACAGCAGCACCGGAUGCAUCCAUAAAUGUUGCCCGACAGGAAUGAUCCUCAAUGAGACCGAAAGACUUUGCCAGCCGAGUUCAGUGCCGUUUGUCAUACCAUUUCACGAUGAGAGUGGCACACCAUUGCCGACUCCAACAUCCGUAGUCGUACGAGAUGGAGUGUUUGUUGAUUGUCAACACGGAGCCUAUUCACUACGACCUUCAGCUGAAGAGGAUGAAGAGUUUUACAUUCUCCCCAAUGGCAGGAUACACUUUCCUGCAAACCGCGAAUAUGUCGAUGAUUAUUGCAUAGAUCAAUUUGCAAGUGAAGAUGGCACAGUGUUGCAAGCAUUGUUAUGUUUCCCACCGCAGCCAGAAGAAACGGCAGCAAAUGUGGUCAUCCAGUCCAUUUAUCCGUAUUUCUUGUUCGUGUCUUCGUUAUUCCUCAUCGCUACCUUUAUCGUUCACGCUUUACUACCGGAACUGCGCAACACACAUGGGGUUACAAUAAUGUGUCAUGCUGCUUCAAUGACCGUCAUGUACAUUGGUUUGGCAACUAUUCAACUGAAUCCAUACCUACCGGAUGACGUAUGCGUUGGAUUGGCCGUUCUUGUCCAUUUUGCUUUUCUUGCCACUUUCACUUGGCUCAACGUUCUUAGUUUUGACAUUUGGUGGACAUUCAAUGAUCGUCGAUUACCAAGGAGAAGUCACAAAUUAGGCCGUCGAUUUAUCUAUUACUCGCUAUACGCGUGGUCAGUCCCCACAUUGAUUGUCCUUUUCGGUCAGAUAGUCGACAAUGUUCGAGGAUUGUCGAAUCACAUUAGUCAACCUGGAUUCGGUACCCUAAAGUGUUGGUUUCACACUCCUGGGUCGUUCUACAUCUUCCUCUACGGCCCCAUGUCUGUUCUUAUCCUCGGCAACGUAUUUUUCUUUACGAUGACAGCAAUAACGCUGUGUAGAACCAGAAUUGGAACACUUCACAAGGACAAUGCAAAUUUAUUCUACAGCAAACAAAAGUUUCGUGCCAUCUUUGUUCUUUUCAUGCUGAUGGGAAUCUCAUGGAUGACGGAAGUGAUUUCUUUUGCAGUUGGUGGCUCUGCCUAUCUAUGGAUUCCUACCGAUAUUCUCAACAUACUGACGGCAGUAUUUGUGUUUUUCAUCUUCGUCUGUAAACCAAAUGUGUGGUCACUUCUCAUGAAAAAGUAUCCUUCCGUGCAGAAGUUUGACCGCUUCUGUUCAUCGUGCAUGAAGUACGAUAACAGCAAUCAAGAAAAUGAAGAUCGAUCUUUCAUUGAUCUGCAGCAGACAACUAUUUAAAUUCCGUUUUACGUAUCAAUUUUAUCACCAACAUCGUUGGUGUUACCUUUAUUAUUCUGCACGCCAAAGGUUCUGCAUUCCUUGUGCCUUGCCUUCCACAUUUGCCGUAUCAGCGUCCACACACUCAACCACUUCAACAAAACCCACAACAUCCUUCCACUUUUACGAUUGACAUUUGUCUCGAAGCAAUGAAACGAAGUGGAACGAAUGGCCUGGAACCCAACAGGAAAGGUAAUCUAUUUCCGCCAAAAAGUAAGAGAAUUUUUUUAAUUUCAUAUAUUGCACAUCUAGUUUUAUUAUUUGCCAUUUUUUUUACCUUUUACUCUCGUAAGUGUAAACUUUACUGUUUGUUUUCCACUGUUCUUGUAAUGUGCUCUGUCCACUAGAAAAAAGAAAAAAGUUUGACAAUACUAGCCGAAAAAAUAAGGACGAUGAAAUUAAACAGAACGAGGCAAACAAACAAUGAAAAACAUAGAAUGAACGAUACUUAACACCCACAAUUGUACAUAUAUAUAAGUGUAUAAAAAUGCUUGUAUUUCUUCGCAAAUUCUCGAAUGGGAAAGUUGCUGUCAGCCAACCAUUACGAAGUGCUCUUAUAUAUCCAUGCAAUUUAUUGAUUGUAACCAUCAAAAUUUAUUGUUUUCUUUCAUGUCACAAUUGUCAACAAUAGCCUAGCCUCUACACGUA